ACCUGUAACAAUUGAAAUGAGAGUGCUUUUUGCAAGGAUGAUUAAAAUAGAGCACAGCACAUGUUUUGGCUCAAUGAGGAGUUGCUAGAAAAUAAGUCAGAAAUGGGAAAUCUGUCUGAAUAAAAUGCUACUUUUUGCAAUAAACAAGGUACUUAAGUGACCAACUAUAAAAGACUGAUUACUGUAAAGAUGACAGUGGAAGAAAAGCUUACAACUGAAGAAUUGGAAUGUAAAAUCUGUUACCAGAAGUUUAAUACAAAUAGUCGCAAACCCAAAAUUUUAGAUUGCCUUCACCGUGUGUGUGCUAGAUGUCUAACAAAAAUACUUAAUAUAGGAGGGGGCUCCCCAUGCAUUUGCUGUCCAUUCUGUCGCAAUGAGACUGAACUACAGGAAGAUGAAGUUGAAGGAUUACCGGAUGAUACCAAUAUUAUCUGUAAAAUCAGUGAAAAAAACAAGGCACCUUGUAGUUCAGAUUGCAAUGAAGUGGUUUUAACACCUAAAAAUCUUGCUUCUUCUAGUCCAUCUCGUGGAUCUUCAAACUGUUUAGUGAUUACAAUAAUGGAAGUACAAAGAGACUCUACACCAAGUCAAAACUCCAUCUCUGACUACUAUGCAGAACAGAGUACUGAUUCUGCUUCUGUAAGCUCACAAGGCCAAGUAGAUCAUGACCUUUUCGCCAAACUCUGCAACCAUGUGCCAAGAAUACUAGUUUGGCUUCUUGGAUUUUUCUAUUUCGGCUCCCUUCCUCUUGGAAUUUAUCUGCUUGUAAUUCAGAAAGUCACUCUUGGGAUAGUAUGUGUUAGUCUUGUUCCUUCUAGCCUAACAGUAUGCCUUGUAUAUGGCUUCUGCCAGUGCCUGUGCCAAGGAAUGUGUGAUUGCUCAUCAAGAAGUUGACAAAUGUAUUACUGCAUAAACAACUGUUCCAGUGAUACAUAUUUUUAUUAACUAUAGCCUAUAUUAGGAGAUAUUAUGAAGUUAAAUAACUAGUGAACACAUUUAAUGUUGGCUAGGCAUGUAUAGCCAGUAUUACAGUGUUAUUUUGAUAUAUGUAUGAUUUACAUGUUGCAGUUUUAAAAUACACUGAAAGUAGAUUUUUGUGUUGUAUAAUUAUUUGUUGAAUAACCUGUUUAAAGCUUGUAUGUGAAAGGUCUGGGUACCUUGGUUUAAUAAUCUAAAACACACUGCACACACUUUCUUACCUGCUGCUCUACAAACACAUGCUGCUUAGUAAUUACAAUAUUAUACUGUUAUAGAGGAGUAUGAAAUCCAGAAUGAAAUGUAUGUAAGGUUUUAAUUUAAUUUACAGAGGCACAAUACCAGUGGCAUGUUUUCUGACAGCAUACAAGUGACUAAGACAGUUCAGCAGGCUAUUCACCAAGUAUUACAGUGAGUGACAGUAUUAUGAAACAACUGAUCAAAACUGACAGCUACAGAGAGACAGCCUCCCUUUAUUGUCCCUUUUAUACAACAAACAGCACUUACCAGAUGGGAUGGAAGUGCCUUCUGGGAAUAUUACAAAGCCUGAGCAUACUUAAUGGCCGCCCCAUGGCAGGCCAGAAGGGUUGUAUGUUCAGUACAAACAUAUAAGAAUUUUUCUGAAUAAAUACAAUCUAGUUCACAAAUUUACUUACUCUAACACAAUAUGUAAAACACUGGAUUUAUGAAAUCUGCACAAAAUUUGGGGAAUAACCCAUAGCAACAAAUCAGUGGUUAGAUUUUUCCAACUAGCUGCAGGUUGAACACUGAAAACAAUUAUCUGAUUGGUUGCCAUGAGUUACUGCCCAUGUGCAAAUUUGAUCAGUGUUUACAAAUAACCCCCACUGUGACUGAUGUAUUGUAAGUUCCUUUAAAGGAACAGUAAUGAAAA